CUUUCCACUAUUAUAUUGAAUAUUGAAGCACACAAAGGCAAAUUGUAUAUCUGUGUGAACAACUUCAUGUACGCACUCACAGUUCUUGCAUAGCCUUCAUUCUUGAUGCUUCAAAGUUCAAAGUUCAAGCCUUGUCGUUAUUAACGUUACAAAAAAUAUAAACAUAAAUAUAAACAGUUAAAAAAAAACUUCAACAAAAAUGCCGCUUGAUAGCAUCUAACCGACUGCAAAAUAAUUUAUCUAAAACUUGUUAAAAAAAUAUAAACCUAUGCAAAUACCAUGGAGUAGAUCUUCACCUAUAAGACAAAUUUCAACACAUUGCAGCAAAAUAGAAAAUAAGAUAUACGGUUAUCAUGCUGAUCAUUCAUAUGCCAAAGAGGAACUAACAAUGGAACGUGUUAAUGAUGAUUGCCUGGCUGAAAUAUUCAUGUAUCUUCCAGCAUGUGAAAGACCAAAAAUUGCAUUGGUGUGUAAACAAUGGAAAAGAGUCCUUGAUUAUUAUGCUUGGUUUAAUGUCAAAAAAAUUAAACUAACUUAUUGGAGAUAUGAUGAGUAUCAAAAUUUUUUAACGAAAAAUUAUCCAACAACCGAUGGACAAUUUAGUUUUUUAAAAUCGCUUCUUAAUAAAUGUGGUCGUUAUUUAAGAGAAUUAGACUUGACAACAUAUAGCCAUUGUAACAUAGUACCAGUUGUCAAUGAGUCUUGUCCAAAUCUCGUAGAACUUCGAAUAAGAAUUGAAUGUAUGGACGAUGCAAUAUUCGAUAAUGCAUUUACACAUCUUUUGAAACUAAAAGUAUUGAAAAUUAUAUUUCAAUGUUUUAAAACGCCCGAUACAUUUAUACCUGUUACUUUAAUCAAUUCAUUGUUAAAUGUUGCUGAUACAUUGACUGAACUGAAUUUGUCAAAUUGGUCUGAAUGCAUAGAGGGCUAUACUAAUUUUCCACGUGAAAUCACAAGUGUGGUUUCUAAACUGAAGGCCUUGAAAAAGUUUCAAUUUGCUGGUAUAAGUAGUCCCAAAAGUUUAAUCAAUUAUUUAGCUUUGACAGAAUCUACAUUAGAAGUCACUAGUGACGAGUGUAAAUAUAGUGAAAAUAAAUUGGAUUCCUUAAAAAAAUAUACUUCGGUCAAGAGCUUAUAUAUUAUAAAUUCCCAAGUUACUGAUGAUUUUUUAUAUAAUGUUGCCAAUGUCAUGGAAAAAUUAGAAUCACUGCGAAUUUAUGGUCCUUGGAUAACCGAUGCUGGUAUAGUAGCAAUUUCAAAGAUGAAUUAUUUAAGAAAUCUUGAUUGCUUCGGGUUUAAUAACGUCACUGACUCUUCAAUUAAAUUACUCAAAAAUAUGGAAGUUGUGAUGUUACCAUUCAGCAAUAAAAUUACAAAUGAAUCAGCCAUAAAAGUUCUUGAAAAUUCACCAGAUUUAGAAUAUUUUAGCGUUAAGAACACAAGUGUAACUUUUGAAUUGGUCGAGAAAGCAGAAAAAAUAUCAAGCGAUCGUAAAAAAAGGUUGGAAGUGGUCAUGUCAGGUCCCGAUGGUAUGCCCGACUUAACCCUUGAAUCUGAUUAUUUAACAGUCGAUUGUGAACAAAAAGAUGAACAAUAUAACAAAAAUUAG